CUCUAGCAAAGUAUUUCUUUAAAAUUGAAUUUACAAAAUUUAUUUAUAGUUUAGCAUCAGCUUGUUAAAAAAAAUAUAAAUUUUAUUUAUUAAAAUGCAUAAAAAUUAUUCAUUAAGUUAAAUUUAAUAACAUUGUAUUCACUAUAUAUUAUCUAUAGCAUUAAAAGUAUAUAAAUUAGCUAGAGAAACAGAAAUUAUGUCUAGAGAACCAGUUUAUGUAAAUGUAUACGAUAUGUAUUGGAUUAAUGAAUUCAUGUCACCAUUAGGAUUGGGAAUAUUUCAUUCUGGAAUUGAAGUCUAUGGAAUUGAAUUUGCUUAUGGAGGACAUCCUUUUCCAUUUUCUGGUAUAUUUGAAAUAUCUCCAAAAGAUGCAGAAGAUCUAGGAGAACAUUUUAAUUUCAAACAGUCAAUUAUUGUGGGAUAUACAGAUUUUACAGAAAGAGAAGUUCACAGAAUUAUUGAUGAAUUAGGAAAGGAUUUUAGAGGAGAUCGUUAUCAUUUAAUGAACAAAAAUUGUAAUCAUUUUUCAGGAGCAUUAGCAUUAAUAUUAUGUGGCAAAGAUAUUCCGUCCUGGGUUAAUCGUUUGGCUUAUUUUAGUUCUUGUGUUCCAUUUCUUCAACGUUGCCUUCCUCAAGAAUGGCUUACUCCAGUUGCUCUUCAGGCUUCAAUUCGGGAAUGUAUGGAAUCACCACAAGAAGAAAGUCAACUUUGACAAUUAUAAAACUACAAGAAUAUUUUAAAACUUAUUGCCAAAUUAACACAUUGUUAAAACUCAAGAUAAAAUAAGAAUUGUGUUAUUUAUAAUUAUUUAGAAGAAAAUUAACUUGGUGCUCAAAAAUUUAAGAAGAAAAGGAAAAAAAUUGAAAGUUAUUCUUCAUACAAACAUGAUGCAUUUUUGAUGUCUUUUCAAUUCUUCUAAAAUCAAAAUAUUUAUAUUCUCAGAGAAAUUUUUUUUAUAGAUUA